CCAAAUGCUACGUACACGGUGGCAUCUCUGAGACUCUGACCUUGAGGAGCUGAGGUGUUUAUGGAUUUCUAGCUAGCAGCACGUAGGGACGAGCGUCGUCAUUGGUCGUACGCACUAGCCAUGAACGGCAAGAGCAAGAAGAGCAAGGGCACGCCAUUGCUGGGCAAGUACGAGCUCGGGCGACUGCUCGGCCGCGGCACGUUCGCCAAGGUGUACUUCGCGCACCCGGUCACUGGCGGUGAGCCAGUGGCAGUGAAGGUGAUCGACAAGGCGGAGGUGAUGGGCAUGGAGGGCAUGGCGCCUCGCGUGCUCCGGGAGGUGGUGGCCAUGCGCCGGCUUCGCCACCCGGGCGUGCUCCGCCUCCACGAGGUGCUCGCCACGCGCUCCAGGAUCUAUCUCGUCAUGGAGCUAGCCCCCCGUGGCGACCUCCAGUCCAUGCUCGCCGCUCUACCAAACCGCCGCUUUUCGGAGAAGGCCGCGCGGCGCGUGUUCGUCCAGCUCACGGCGGCGCUUGCCCACUGCCACGCGCGCGGUGUGACGCACCGCGACGUCAAGCCGCAAAACGUCCUCCUCGACAGCGCCGGCAACCUUAAGGUGUCCGACUUCGGCCUAUCGGCGCUCCCAGACACGCUUCGGGACGACGGCCGCCUCCACACCGCCUGCGGCACGCCGGCCUAUGCCGCGCCGGAGGUGCUCCGCCACACAUCAUACGACGGCGCCAAGGCCGACGCGUGGUCCUGUGGCGUCAUGCUCUUCGUCCUCCUCGCCGGACGCCUGCCCUUCGACGACGCGAACAUCCCCGAUAUGUGCCGAAAGGCGCACCGCCGUGACUACGAGGUCCCGCCGUGGGUAUCCCCGCCGGCGCGCCGCCUGGUGCACCGCCUGCUCGACCCGAACCCGGCGACCCGCGUCUCCGUGGAGGCUCUGGCGGCGACGCACCCAUGGUUCGUCAAGCGCUCCCUCAGCCUCGACUCGCAGCUCGACGGCCUCCUCGACGGCCAGCCAGAGCGCGCGCUGGCGUUCCGGGCGCCGGCGGUGAACGCAUUCGACAUCAUAUCCAUGUCGCAAGGGCUCGACCUGUCCGGGCUGUUCGGCGGGAGCAAGAGCAGGGAGAAGCGGUUCAUGACGACAGCGUCGCCGGAGCAGACGCUGGAGCAGCUCAGCCGGGCGAGCGGGAAGCUCGGGUACGUCGUGGUGGGGAAGAAAGGAGUGGGGUGCCAGCGCCGUCCUCCAGGGAGGCCGGCAAUAUCAGUGGGGAUUUCGGAGCUGGUGCCGCCACUAAUGCUCGUCGAGAUGCGGCUGGAGAUGGACGACGGCGACGGCGAGGUUCAAGUGUUUGGUUGGGAUCAGUUGAGGGUGGAGCUAGGGGAUGUAGUAAGGGCUUGGCAUAGCUGUGAAGAUUUGCAACAAGUUCAGUAAACUUUCUUAUUCAGAACUAGUUAUUUUGCAGCUUAGCUAGUUAAUGGAGGUGUAAAAAGGUACUUUGCUCUAAAAUGUCAAUAUGUGUGAAUCUAGCUUGUUUGUUUCUUUUACUUGUUUUCUGUUUUGAAUAUUACACUGUACACUGCUAUAUGUAAGUUCCAUUUGUAUACAAGAAAAGAUAGGGUAAGUUUUAUGGGCAA